UCCGCCUCUUCCUCUCUCUCUCCCUCUCCCUCACCUCACUGCCCGUCUCUCUACCAGCUGAGUGGUGGGGGGGCUGACGGACGUCUCUUUCUCCGUGGAUGGAUGAAGAAGAGAGGGGUGAAUAGUGUCUCUCCUCCCCGGUCUGAGCGUUCAGGUUACCGGAGACUCCAGCGAACAGCAGGGACGUUUCAGGGCUUACAAUGACAAGAGAAGCGAUUGAUCAGCUGCACGAGGCUUGAAUCCACCUAGAGCCCUCAUGGAGCAGGAUGUGGAGAGCCCAGCCGUCAUCAGGAAGCCCAAGCUGCCGAAGCAGGUCCGAGAGGACCUGCCCAAACAGCUGUCAGAAACAGGCCGCGCCAAGAAGAUCCAACGUUAUGUCCAGAAAGACGGGAAGUGCAACGUCCAUCAUGGGAAUGUCAGAGAGACCUAUCGUUAUCUGACGGACAUUUUCACCACGUUGGUAGAUCUCAAGUGGAGGUUUAACCUCUUCAUCUUCGUGUUGGUGUACACGGUGACGUGGCUCUUCUUCGGCCUGAUGUGGUGGCUAAUCGCUUACCUCCGGGGGGACCUGGAGCAUUUAGAUAACGUAAAUGAUCCCUGGACUCCGUGCGUCAAUAACCUCAACGGGUUUGUAUCUGCGUUCCUGUUCUCCAUUGAGACAGAAACCACCAUUGGUUAUGGAUACAGAGUCAUCACGGACAAGUGCCCCGAGGGGAUCGUUCUGCUUCUAGUCCAGUCGGUGCUAGGAUCUAUCGUCAAUGCCUUCAUGGUGGGCUGCAUGUUUGUUAAAAUCUCGCAGCCCAAGAAACGUGCUGAGACACUAGUGUUUUCCACCAAUGCCGUCAUCUCCAUGAGAGACGGGCGGCUGUGCCUGAUGUUCAGAGUCGGAGACCUCCGAAACUCGCACAUAGUCGAGGCUUCGAUCAGAGCAAAGCUCAUCAAGUCCAAGCAGACCAAGGAAGGGGAGUUCAUUCCCCUUAACCAGACGGACAUUAACGUGGGCUACAACACGGGAGAUGACAGGCUUUUCCUCGUGUCGCCGCUCAUCAUCUGCCACGAGAUAAACCAGCACAGCCCCUUCUGGGAGAUCUCACAGGCCCACCUGGCCAAGGAGGAACUAGAGAUCGUUGUGAUCCUGGAGGGGAUGGUGGAGGCCACAGGAAUGACCUGCCAGGCCCGAAGCUCCUAUGUCAGCAGUGAGAUCAAGUGGGGCUAUCGCUUCAUGCCUGUCCUGACUCUGGAGGACGGUUUCUAUGAGGUGGACUACAACAGUUUCCAUGAAAUCUAUGAGACGAACACACCAAACUGCAGUGCCAAAGAGCUCGCUGACAUGACCAGCCGCGCACGUUUACCCCUCACCUGGUCUCUGGCCAGCAAGCUGAGCCAGCAGGGGCUGCCAGAGUCCGAACAGGAGGGCCAGGAGGCCAAAACCAGCCUGGAGAAGGACGAAGAGAGGAGCCAGACCACUGAAAGGAACGGGGACAUUGCCAACCUGGAGAGUGAGUCCAAAGUGUAACGAGGGAGACUACUUUCACCUGGACUCAGUAAUCCUGUAGAACAACUACAUGUGGACCCACCGCUGGACUGGAAACCCUCUGCAUGGUUCAGAUAUGAAGUAAUGUCCUCCUGAAAAGAGUCCUAUUAUUUUUUCUAUUAAGAUAUUCUAAGGGGCAUUUGCAUAAGUAUUUUUGUACAUAAUACAGUUUUGACUGAUCUGUUUUGUUGCAGUGUGAAUAUUUAAAUGAUGUUUGAUACUAACACCUUUAGGUUAGUUCUGUACAUAAUCUAUGCCUUACUCCAUGUACAAAACUUUGUUUUCAGAACUAUAUCUAAGCAUGUAUAAACGUUAUCUGCUGUUCAUUUAUCUUGUAUUCUGUACAUACUGUAUGACAACGAUGUAAGAAAAACGUAUGUUUCAAUGGAUGCAAACUCUAGUUUAAACCAAUGACUAAUUCUUCCCCGGAUGACAAGUGUGUGUUUAUGGUAGUUACCACGCCAAGCCAUGACACGCUGUUUACAGCUGACCCGCUUCACACAACGGCCCUUUAAAAACUGCAUUUUGUCACUUUUUUGCACACUGGAGAUUUCUCACCUGGUGGAGGAUGUUAGUUGAAUUUUCAGUCUCCAGAAAUCCCUCACAUGUCACCUAAAUUCAUCAAAUAAAGAGUAAGAUGCUAAUUAUGCACCUGA